AUGGUCGAACGAAUUGAAGAUCUGAACUUGCCCAACACGUCAGUUACCAGGUUGAUCAAGGAAGCUAUCCCGGCGGAAGUAAAAAUAUCCAGCGAAUGUCGCAUUGCUUUGGCUCGCGCGACCUCAGUGUUCGUUUUAUAUCUUACAUCCGCUGCCACUACAGCUGCUCAACAAAAAAAUCACAAAUCCCUUACCGCAGACCAUGUACUUAAAGGACUGGAAGAAAUUGAAUUCGAAAGCUUCAUACAACCUCUAAAAGACGAAUUAGAAAAUUUCAGGAAGAUGAUAAAAUCAAAAAAAGAUAAGAAAGCAGCGAAACCGGACGUAGAUUCCAUUGUAGAAGGAGCAGUGAUAGAUUUGGAGAAUAUGGAAAGUGCGCAAGACUCCUAAGAAUCAGAUGUUUUGUUGUGCU